AUGGGGCAUCGCCGAGCAUUAGAGGACUACGACAUCAUCUGGCACAUCUUGCAGCUUUUUGGACCGCACACUGAACGCGACCUUGUAGACGCGAACUCCAAUUCCUGGGCGGACGUCGGUAUCGCUGUCGACAAGGAUUGGGCAACCCUCGCAUGUUGCGCACGCGUCUCGAAGGCUUUCUCGGAGCCCGCACUCCGCACGCUUUGGCGAGAGCUACCGUCGCCUCUCCCGCUGUUCUCCCUUUGCCUGACCCUCACGCGGGACGUCUUCGACAUGCCAGAGUCUAAGCGUCCGAUGAUAGUAUGGAAGUCCAACGAGGCUCCGAGGCCCCAAGGGCUGAGGCGGUUUGCCCGCUUCGCGGCACUCGUUCAACGCAUUCGCAUCCGCCACAGAGAGUCUUUCGAUUCCAAUGUUUUUGCUCUCCUCUUCCAAGCCAAUCCGGGCCACCCACUCCUCCCGAUGAUCAAAGAGAUCAAGUGCCGGCCCUUGGUCUCACCGUUCUUCGACACAAACGUGCUGUGUCUUGCAGGGGAAAGCCUUCGCUCACUGGCCAUUUAUGAAGAUACACGCAGUGGGUCGAAAGAAGCCAAUACUCACGAGCCUCACGCGCUCAGACGAAUCCUCCUCGAACUGCCCUCUAAGGCUCCAUGGCUGCAAGAUCUUCGUAUAUACGACCAAGCUUGCCGACGAGUCCAUGACCUUUCGCUGGCAAUCGAUAUUGGCCGUUUCCACGAGCUACGCACACUGGUCGUGGGCGCGGUUCCGUUGGAGGAACUGUGGUUUGGGCCCCUCAUGGCCAUGCUGGCCCCAUUGCAGCAUCUUUGUGAGUUGGACCUGCCGUUGGGUCAGUGGGCCGAGGAUAUACCGUCGGCGGUUGGAUGCUUUCCCCAGUUGCGGAAAUUGAGGCUCCACGGACACGUUCGCUGUCGCGGCAUGCAGUGUUUGGGACCGCUGGCGAAGAUGGCGCCAAUUCGGCUGGAGUGUCUUGAAGUCGCGGAUGCUGUCGUGGACAGCUUCACAGGGGAUUACGGUGCUUUCGGAGACUUCGCCGCAGCAUGUGCUGGCACAUUGACCGAAGUCACCUUGUCCUUGGGGGAGACUCUCGGAGGAUUGGACCCCACAUCGGCAUCGAAUCUCCUCCGGCCAUUCGUGCAACUACGACAUCUACAGCUCUGCAAUAUUUGUUUGAGCGGACCCGAUUCCUUGUCGUUCACGGACGAUGAUUUGCGCGGUAUCCGAGGGCGUGGCCGCUCCUGA